AUGGACCAAUCAGUUGUAGAGGGCUUACUCAACCUCUGCCUCACCAAAGAGGAAGAAGAGGAAAUAACCAUCACAACCAAGAAUAGAGCAGAUUUGCUAGAGGAGUGUGCGCUGAGUCUCUUUGGCCGCCUACUCUCUGAGAGAAACCAGAAUAUAAGAGCUUUAAAAAGCACUUUGAAAUCGGCUUGGAAAAUGGGUUCCGACCUGCAGAUUGUGGAAGUUGGAAACAAUGUGUUGCAAUUCAAGUUCAAUUCGGAAUACCAAAUGCAAUGGGUUGAACGAAAUGGGCCUUGGAAUUUUGAAAACAAUCUGCUAUUGUUGUGCAGAUGGCGGAAAGGUUUGUCAGCUUCGAAUAUCGUUUUCACGCACUCUCCAUUUUGGGUUCAGAUCUGGGAUCUACCCUUUGAACACAUGUCUAUGGAAGUGGGCAGAGAACUCGGCAACAGCUUGGGAAAGUUCAUAGAAUCAGAUCGAAGAACAGGGAACUCAGACCAAGCAAAGUUCAUGAGGAUUAGGGUGGAUCUUCAACUUGAUAAACCACUGAGACGGAGGGGAAGAGUAGCAAGUGAUGAUGGAGAAAAAUUUUGGGUCAACUUCAAAUAUGAGAGGUUGCCCACCUUUUGUUACCACUAUGGCCGCCUGGGGCAUGAUGACAAACAUUGUCGAGAAAACUCUGAGCACCAAAACACUUCCAGGCAGUAG